AGCAGAGCUGGUUUGGAUUCCCACCAUGGCCCUGGUUCCGCUCCUCCUUUUCCUUUGCAUUUACUUCUCGGGUGCUGGUGCCCAGUCCUUGCUGACUCAGCCGCCCUCGGUGUCGGCGUCUCCCGGAGGAACAGUUACCAUCACCUGUGCCAGGAGCAGCGGCAGCAUCAGUGACAGCUGGAACUCCUGGUACCAGCAGAAGCCUGGCAGGGCUCCGGUGAUGGUUAUAUAUGAGGAUACUAAAAGGCCCUCGGGGAUCCCCACCCGAUUCUCAGGGUCCAUUGAUGAAUCUGCCAACACGGCCACAUUAACCAUCAGUGGAGUGCAGCCGGACGACGAGGCUGAUUAUUACUGUUUAACGUAUGACAGCAGCAGCAAUGCCACAGUGCUACAGACACAAGGGGAACUGAGACAAAAACCUCCCUCAGGUUUACAGAGUCUGGACUCUCGCUUCCCAGCAGCCCCUGCUGCCAGGUGGGAGCAGUUCCUCAAAACUGAGCUGGUCUGGACUCCCAUCAUGGCCUGGGCCCCGCUACUCCUUGCACUGCUCACGUACUACCCAGGGGUCAGGUCUCAGUCUGUUGUGACUCAGGAGCCUGCAGUGUCUGUGUCCCCAGGAGGGACUGUCACUCUGUCCUGCAGCCUGAGCACUGGAGCCAUCACCACCAGCAACUAUCCUCACUGGUACCAGCAGAAACCUGGCUCUCCCCCUCGGGUGCUUAUAUACAGCACCAACAACAGGCCCUCGGGGAUCCCCACCCGGUUCUCGGGGUCCAUAUCUGGUCAGAAGGCCGUAUUAACCAUCACGGGGGUCCAAGCAGAGGAUGAGUCUGACUACUACUGUUCUGUGUAUAUUGGCAGUGAUGUAUAGGGCACAGUGAUAAACCCCGAUGAGGAACUGAGACAUAAACCUCCCUCCUGUUCUUUCUGCACCUCUGCCCUGCUGGCAACUCUCUGCUCAGGUUACAGCUGAUAAAACUCCAAAAGCUAAAUGUGUUGCAACAAAGAACAGCAGCCAUUCCUGCCCAGAGGGAAAUGGUGCUUCCUUGCCU